UUUGGCCUUUUUAUUAUACAAUGAAAAGGUUUACGCAUUAAAUUGUCACUCUUUGUCUUAUAUUUAUGAAGCCUUUUAUAUAAUAUGAUGCAAAACAGCGUUUACAUCGGAAGCAGCAGGUUGUAUGCGUCAACAUUUUGGAAUUAUCUUAUAUAAGACAAGAGACCUAGAUCCUCAGCCAUUCAAAAUGAUCAAGAUACUCGUCAUGUUAGGAACAGUUAUUCCAUUUUGUCUUGUAGAAGGGAGAACAGGCUGCUGGGCUGGGCCGCCUGGAAGCCAGGGGAAUAUCUGCAUACAAAAUACCACUGUGCCGGGACAUAUAUCUAAUGACAUAAGGUAUUCGUUCAUUUCGAGGUAUACACACAUAUGCUGUGACGUUUUAGCAUGCACUGACUUCCGUGGAUGCCGUUUAAAGGCAGUGGGAUGUUUCCAGGGCAUGGUGUUAUCACAACGAUUGCCGUGGGAGUUGAGAGAUAUUCAUCCUCUCGUCAGAUGUUCUUCGAUCAACCAACCUGGCUAUUAUCAGUUUGAAAUACACGCGUAGAUUGUCUUACAUUUUUGCUAAAUUGGCUUUGACUGAAUAUAUACACGGAAAAAUGAUUAAGUUUGUAAAAUUAUUUCAUGAAAAGUUAAAAUUAUCUUUAUUUGGUAUAUUUCCAUGAACAGUAAUUAUCGUUAAAACAAGUUAAGUUUAUUGUUGAAUGUCAAAUCCAGAUCCUAGUAAAAUGGUGUACAAAUAUAUCAAUGCAUAUUGUAUUCUCAAAUAUGCC